AUGGAUGCUUCGAAUGAGCUCGCAAACGCAGCCAAAGUUGACCCCGAUGGAUAUGCGUUGGAUGACGAUGUCGAUUUGACUAACAUCGCUCCAAUGCCAAAGCAUGUCUUUUUAAACACCUUACCCGGCCACUUGGCUCCGUUCCCUACCAUUCCACGAAGUCGUUACGACACAGAUCGCAACCAACGCGAAUUUUACGGCCAGGAGUCCUUCCUAAACGCCUUCAUUACCACACACUGUCGUGAACAUACCAGUGCACCAAUUGUCAACGGCUUGACCGAGUCGCAACAGCAUCAGCAACAACAACAGCAAAGCAGGCGGGCACCCAGUGCUCCGUUGAAACGCAACCAGUGCAGUCUCUGUUUACGCGUUUUUGCCAAUUCGGCCAGUUUGAAGCAGCAUAUGCGGUUACAUCGUGGCGAGAAGCCCUUUAAAUGCCGCUUUUGUGACAAGACCAGUGCUACCAUGUGCAAUAUUCUCACUCACGAAAGGACGCACACGCGUGAGAGGCCCUACAAAUGUACCCUCUGUAGUGCCGACUUCAGCAGCUCCAGCAAUCUUAAGACGGUGCACCUGGGGAUAAAGCAGUACCACUGUAUGGUGUGCGGCAAGUCCUUCGCGACGAGUAGCAACCUCAAUGCUCACUCUCGACAGCACCCCGAGUCAGCAUAUCUGGUCAAGUAUACCGGAUCCUCCACCUUCUGUCCGUCCACCCAACAGUCCACCGACACCACGGUGGUAAAUGUUGCGGAGGUCGAAUCACCAGUAGAGGCGUCAGUGACGGUAGCAACCACGACGACAGCAGCGGCCGCAGUGGUGUCGGCGGCAGCGGUGGCUGCGGCCGAGGAGAAUGGAGAGGAGGCGGUGGGUAUGCUGGUUACACCAACUGGCUACAACCACGCCCCCACACUUCUACCAGUGACGCUAAGUCCGAGCCCCGUGGGGACAAGUCGGAAGUUCGCCAAAGUCACUGUCUACUGCCCUGGCGAUGUGGAAAUCGCGGCCACCGCCACCUCCUCCGUCUCCUCGUCCGCCUCCCAUGGCAACACAGCCAAACUCGCGCCUGACGACUAG